AUGUUCCCCUCCUUUCGCUAUAAGAACUCAAGUACCGACAACCUACCCAAUCAAUUGUCUACAAGCAGCAUGUCUCGCCCAUUGGAAGGAAAGUUCGGCAUCGUCACUGGAGGCUCGCGGGGAAUUGGCGAAGCCAUCGCCAAAAACCUCGCGAGCAAAGGCUGCUCCCUCCUCCUAAAUUUCACUUCGGAGUCCUCGCGUGGCCCCACGGAAGCUCUCUGCAAAACGCUGAUCUCUACGCACCAAAUCCGCUGCAUCUCCGUGCAAGCUGAUCUCUCAGCCCCCGAAGAAGCCGUCAAGGCAAUCAUGGACGCCGCAGCAACACACUUCCCCAACACAACCAUCGACAUCCUCAUCAACAACGCCGGCGUCUCCGCCGACCGCACGCUCAACGACACAGAGAAGGGCCCCAUCGACACCCCUUACUUCAACUGGCACUACACAAUCAACGUCCUGGCCCCGCUCCUCCUCACGCAGGCCGUCGCCCCGCACCUACCGACCGACCGCUCCGGGCGAAUCGUCAACAUCUCCUCCGUCUCCUCGUCCCUCGGCUUCGUCGGACAGACAGUCUACGGCGGCACGAAGGCUGCCCUCGAGGCUAUGACGCGGACAUGGGCGCGCGAGCUCGCGGACCGCGCGACCGUCAACGCCGUCAACCCGGGCCCUGUCACGGGCGACAUGUACUUCAAGACCGGGGAGGGGUUCUGGAACCAGAUCCAGGGGUUCCAGGAUAAUACACCGCUGAGCAAGCUCGCUGAGAGCGAGAAGGAGGAUCCCAGUCUGGCGAUUGGGUUGAGUGAUGAGCAAAAGAGGCUUGUGAGGGAGAAGAUGGGUGGGCGGCGGCCGGCGUUUACGGAGGAGGUUGCGGGGGUGGUGGGGAUGCUUUGUACGGCGGAUGGUGGGUGGUGUACGGGGAGCGUGGUUUGUGCUAAUGGGGGAAUGAAGUUUGGUGUUUGA